AUGUCUUCGAAUUNAUAUGAUCAAUGUGAUACUGAUGUUUGUUUAAACAACGGAACUUGUCUUCCCAUACCUGAUCCGAUUAGCAUAAAUUCCUACAAAUGUAUUUGUACUUCUCGAUUCUACGGUGACAAUUGUGAAAAUGAAAAAAUGUCUGUUCAUAUUCGACUCAAUAUCACACAGGAAGACAAAAUUCAUGCUGUCAUUAUGCAAUACUUCGACUAUAAUUAUGUAACACUCGAAUUGAUCAUCAGAAAUCAAAUUUUAUCGGAAGUUAUUCCAAAUAGUUUGAAUUUUAGUUAUGAACAACAGUUAGCGCCUGUUUUUGGUCUACUGAAAUUGUAUGGCAACGAUAAUGAACCGCGUUUUCAUCUGCUGUAUAUCAGAAAAAAGGAAACUAAUGCUCGUAUCAAUUCAAUAGUCAGUGAAAACACGACCUUCUGUCCGAAAGCAGACACAUUUCUUGUCAAUCAAAGUUUGUACUCGACAAUACCUCAUGUAUUUUUAUAUCACACAAUUUGUCAGCGACAAAAUUUAUCGACACAUCGUCAUAUGAUUUGCUUCCAUGAUGACAAUUAUUUAUGCAUUUGUGAAUCUAAUUUCCGUCGUGUUGAAUGUUUUGGCUAUGAUAGAUCGUUGGAUUCAUGUUCGUAUUGUAUCGCAAAUGGACGUUGUCUGAAAGGUGAUCUCGGAAAUUCCAGUAAUUUCUUAUGUCUUUGCCCAUAUUGUCAUUAUGGUCAUUUAUGUCAAUUUAGUACGAGAUUAUUAAGUUUCACUCUUAAUUCACUCAUGGCACCAAAUUCAUUCUUUGUUCAAAUACUUUAUUUAAAUUUAAUUAUUGUUUUGUUUGUCAUUGGUUUUUUCAGUAAUAUUUGCUCGAUAUUAACCUUUCAACGUAAAAAUCCACGAAAAUUGGGUGUUGGAAAUUACUUACUUAUUCUCUCAAUCAUUAAUCAAUUAUGUAUUCUUUUUCUCGCUCUUAAAAUCUUUCAAGUUGUCUUAGAAACACUUGUUCAAUUCUCGAAUGUCAUCUCAUGCAAAAUGAUCAAUUAUUUUUUGUCAGUAUUAACCCGUAUCAAUUACUGGUUAAGUAGUUGGAUCACUAUUGAACGACUUGCAAUCGUUCUUGUUCCAACGAUGACGCGUUUUAGACAAUCUCGAUUUGCUCUCUCUCUUAGUUUAUUAACUGUGUUGAUCAUUCAUAUUUUACACACACACGAACUGAUUUACUAUACUGUCGUUCAAUCAAUGUGUGUGGUCAAUUUCGAGAUUCAUCCAGGUGUUGCAUAUUACAAUCGUAUAUCUGUACUCAUUCAUUAUUUGUUACCGUUUUCUAUUCAAAUUAUUUCUAUUACUAUCCUUGUUUGGACAGCUGCUCAAAGUCGAGCAAAGUUGGCAAAAGAAUCCUUCUUUGAAGUACUUAAAAAGCAAUUCGAAAAGCAAAAAGAACUUUAUAUUACUCCAAUAAUUAUUGUAUUAAGUUUACUUCCUCAGACUGUACUCGCGUUCGCUUUCGCUUGCACGAAAUUGAAUCAAUCAUGGCAAAGGCAUACUUUAUUAAUCGCUUAUCUUCUAUCAUAUACCCCACAAAUAUUCAGCUUUAUGUUUUAUGUUAUUCCAUCAACUGUAUACAAAAACGAAUUUCAACAGACAUGGAUUGGAAAGAUACGAUACAUGAAAUGGUUAUUGAGAACUCGCUAA